UGAAUCUGAAUUUCCCUUGUAUAUAAAUGAAUCUCUAUCCUCUUCUUCCUCCUUCGUUAUCAUCUCUAUCUCGGUCAUGCUAGCGAAACACUGAAGCCGACACCCAGUUGUGACAGAAUAAUACCCCUAAGAUGGACUUGAGCUUGGAUUUGAGUUUGUCUUUUGUUCCCAAAACUAUUUCUGAGUUUCUUCGUGAGGUUGCUAAGACCGGAGAUAGGCACGAGAAAUUAGCGAUGCUUGAUGACUUUGUCAAGAGAUUGGAGGAUGAAAUGAGGAAGAUCGAAGCCUUCAAACGGGAGCUUCCACUCUGCAUGCUGCUCGUGAACGAUGCUAUAACGAGGUUGAAGGAGGAGAAAGUACGGUUGGUGGAAGUGCUAGACCGACCCGAGAUUGAAGAAUUCAUACCGUUGAAAGCAAAUUCUGGAGAGAACCGACAAUUAACUAUGGAAAAAGAUAGCUGUGACAAGAAGAACUGGAUGAACUCCGCUCAACUGUGGAGUGCUGAAACCAAAUUGGGAAGUGAAAAUGAUCGGUCUGUGCCGGAGAACCCAAUUCAUUCACGAAAUCUGAAAAACAGAGGUGGGGCAUUUAUCCCCUUUAAUGGAAAUUUGGUUAUGUCAAAGCCAGUGACGAAGGAAGACAAGGAAAUCUCACAAGUUCCUAGUCUUAGCUUGAUGACUCCGGCGUCCGAACUCAAUCUCAAGAAUUCAAAAACUUGUAGCAGAAAUUGUUCGGGUGCGUCUUUCCUUACAGGCCAGCUUGACGGACAAGUCCAACCACAAACACAACACUUGCAGCAAAAUCCUAGAAAACAAAGGCGAUGCUGGUCUCCGGAGCUUCACCGGCGAUUUGUUGACGCGCUUCAACAACUGGGGGGAGCUCAAGUGGCCACUCCUAAACAGAUUAGAGAAUUAAUGCAGGUGGAAGGCCUAACAAACGAUGAAGUGAAAAGCCAUUUGCAAAAGUACAGACUUCAUGUGAGAAGACUUCCGGCUUCAACAAUUAACCAAGGAAAUGGCUUAUGGAUGGUAGAAGAUCAAUGCGGAGAGAAGUCAAAAAUAAACUUAUCACAGUCUGGUUCUCCCCAAGGACCUCUCCUCCUCGGAGGUUCUGCUAAGGGUCUAUCGAGCUCUGGAGAUGGCGAAGAAGAUGAGAAAUCAGACUGCCAUAGUUGGAAGGGUGGUCUGCAACAGCAAGCGGAAGCUGAUGUGCUGUCUUAAAUUGACGCCUUUUUUUUGUUUCACAGGUAAAUAAUGGAACCAGACCCAGGAUUUGACGGCAGUAAAAUAAGCGGCCUAACAUAUAGAAGGGAUCGAAUUAAUGUUUUUGAGACUCUACUCUGGAGAUAGUAGUUGAAGUAUCACAGAGUUGACGAAGUCUUCUUCCUCUGGUUUUGGAGAGGUUUUUGUUAUAACCACUUUAGCCAGUAUAAAUUUUAGGUAGCAACAUGACUCGUAAUUCCCGUGAUUCUAUUGUAUGAAAUUCAGAUGUUACUUCUGUUUCUGCAGCGUGUUCCUUAAAAUAUGACUUUGAGAUUGAGGUUU